AUGGAGGCGGAAAAAAUGCUGAAAGAGAUUUUAGCGAAAAUGGAUGAACAAGAGAGAGAAAGAAAGAAGGAUAAAGAAGAGAUAAUGAAAGAGAUACACGACCUGAGGGAGAAUUAUAAAAUGAGAGAAAUGCUUUGGGAAGAGCAAAAAGUGAGUUUAGAAAAUAGAAUAAAACAGUUAGAGAAGAAAGUAGAAAAAAUGGAGAAUAACGGAGAUAAAAAGUUGGAGAGCAGUGAACUAAUGAAAAAAAUGAAGGAGAUGGAAAGAAACUCUGAAUUAGCCGAAAGGAGAAGAAGGAAAAGUAAUAUAAUUAUAAAAGAAAUGAAAGUAGAAAAUGGAGGUGACAGAAAAGAGAAGAUGGAGAAAUUCCUUGAAGAAAAAAUUACCGAAAAAAAAGGUGGAAGUGGACGAAAUGCAGUGAAAAGGGAACACAGGAAAGGAAAGGCAAAAGGAGAGAUAAUAACAGCAGUCAACAAGAAUUUGAAACUUAUAGAGGUUAGGGAGAUUAGCGACGAAGUGGUAGAAAGCAGACUAGAGUAUAAUGGAAACAAAUGGAGAAUAAACACGUUGUACAGUCAAAAGAUGGAAGAUACGAUGGAAACACUAAGGGAAAAGGUACAAGAAGAGAAUGAAGAAUGGUUGCUUAGUAGAAGUAUCUUAAAUGCGAGGUUGGAGAAAGAGGUGGAGUCUAAGUUAAGGGAAGGGCAAUUCGGGUUUAGAAGAAACAGAGGAACGAUGGAUGCAGUAUACACGGUAAAUUAUGUAGCAAAUAAGGAGCUGAGUAAGAAAGGUGGAAAGAUUUUUGCAUUCUUUGUGGACCUUAAGGCAGCUUUCGAUAAAGCGGAUAGAAGAAAAUUGAAUAAAAUAAUGAGGAUGAUAGGAAUUGAAGAUAACUUGAGACGAAGAAUAAUGGAGACAUACAAAGAAACGAAAAACGUAGUGAAGAUAAGAGAUAAGAAUACAGAGGAAUUUUGGACAGAAAAGGGACUAAGACAAGGAUGCCCGUUGAGCUCGAAUUUAUUCAAUUUAUACAUCAUGGAUUUAGAGGAAAGAAUGGAAAAAGGGCAAGCAAGAGGCCUUGUGAUAGAGAAAGAAAAAUUCUGGACAAUUUCAUACGCAGAUGAUGUAGUGUUAAUGGCGACGAGAAGCGGAAUUGAAGGAAAUGAUGAGGAGGUUCAAGAGAUUUUAGAAUUGAGUAGAAGAACCCCGAAUUAUAUAAUAUCAGAAGAAGCCAGAAUAAAGGAGAUAAAAAUGAGAGCAAUAAGGAGAGCUGUGAGGUAUGAAAAGAAGGCGAGACAGUCAGAGAAGAAAAUAGUUCAAGCAUGUAUAAAGGAUCUAGAAAAAAGCAGACUAAGGAAAAAAGAAAGUAAUUGGGAGAAAAAGAGAAGAGAACUGAUAGAGAGGGCAGGAAUGGAAAAGGAGCAGCAGAGGAGAGAAAUGGAAGCAGAGGACCGAGAGGCGGUGGAGAAUCUC